CCAUGCAACAACGAGGAAUUUGAGUGUAUCUCUCUCCCUUUCGCUUCUUCCUUCUCUGGUUUCUAUCUCUCUAUGAAUGAUUGGAAAUUGUUACCCAAUUGCAGGUGAUGCAUCUAAAGUACGCUUCUUAAAGAGCCUUCCUUAUGCCGACACAAGAUUAGUGUUGUUCCAAGCUGAAAUAUAUAAUCCUGAUGACUUUGAUCAUGCAAUCAUAGGGUGUGAGACUGUUUUGCAUCUUGUAACUCCCAAGCGCCACAUUGAGAACUCUCAGUUCAAAAACAUAACUGACGCUGCGUUAGCAGCGGUAAAAAGCGCUGCAACUUCUAGUAUUCAAUCAGGUACAGUGAAACGCCUAAUAUACACUUCCUCUUUAAGUGCCGCAUACCCUGUGAAGAUUGACGGGUGUGGUUUCAAGGAUUUUGUGGAUGAAACUUGUUGGACACCUCCUAACCUUUCGUUUCCUUUUCCUGAUGAUAAUUACAAGGAUCACGUAAAUUCAAAGACUUCAGUAGAGAAGGAAAUCUUGAGCUAUGAUGGCAAAUUGGAUGUGGUUACACUGACUUGUGGACUUCCUGGUGGAGAGACCAUUCUAAAUCAUGCCCCUGGAAACAUGUGGGUAUGCAUUUCACAGUUUACAGACAGGAAAGAAGCUUAUAAUGCCCUGAAGUUUGUGGAGGAUUUUCUUGGAAUUAUCCCAGUUGUACAUGUUGAUGAUGCAUGCGAAGCUCAUAUAUUCUGCAUGGAGAAUCCUUCAAUUAGUGGUAGAUUCUUUUGUCCAAGCGGAUACGUUUCAACAGCUGAUAUUGCCAACUACUUUCAAAAGAACUAUCCAUAGUAUCAAGUGAAACAAGGGUAAGCAGUUGAAUCCUUUUAUUAAGAAUCUGAGGCCCCGUCUAUUAUUUUGGUUAAAUUUUCUCGUGAAUUUAUUUGUGAUCCUUGAUAGAAUCAGAUAAGGCUCCUGAGGGUUUCCAAUUUCUUAAUUCAGAUAUUUGGAUGGACCAAAUAGAGAAGUUAACUGGGACUUCACAAAGCUCAUAAAGAAGGGUUUUGAGUAUAAAUAUGACACCAAAACAAUAUUAGACGAAUGUAUCAGGUGUGCCAGAAGAAUGGGUGGUCUCCCACAAUGAUUAGUGUCUCCUGUAGUUCCUGCAAGGCUCUAUCCAAUCAAACCUGUAAUGUGUCUUUGCUGUUGCUGCUGCUUCUAUUGUUGUUGUUGGUGUCGUCUAUGUCCUACUUGAUUUCAAUUGUCUGUUGCACUCUAUUAAGCAAGGUUGAUUGCACGCUUUAUUAUAAGAUCGAAGAAUAAGGCAAUGACCUUACUCUCUGUAAAAUUUGUACAAUUUGCGUCCAUGUAAUAUGAUUUGCUACCUGAUAUACCUUUGAAAUUUGUUUGAAUGUCAAUUUAGGUUUAUCUCAUUGUCAUUUUCUGAGCUUAAUGUGUGUAUAAAAAAGUAUUCUACAGUGAUCAUGUUUGUUGAUUGAGUAGCACCUUUGGACAAUAAGUAGUGGUUCUUGUCCUGCUAUACAGGAAUUUUGCCUUAAAUUUAUAGUCGCUGAUUUUGUUUAUUUUUUGUUUUAUAAAGUUUUAAGUAAUUG